UUCACAAGUACGCGGCAUAGCAGAACAAGUACGAGACGAGGAACUAUUCUGCGAACGGAUCAUGACGUCGUUUCCUGUUAUGAAAGUGAUAUUGCUUGUCCUGUGCGCAUUGUCCGUGGUUCAAGGAUGCUGGCGAAGUAAAAACAAAGAUACAACAGAAGAAGAAGAAACUGUGCCCUCGUGUUGUCGUAACUCUGGAAACAGACUGAGACAGCGUAAUCCGACACCACUGCCAGACGAGUACGGGACAAACCACGCCGAGUGUGUUUAUGAUAAAGAGAAUGGGUGUUUAAUGUGUAAAAGCCCCGCCGGCACCUCACAGUGUUGUACGAUGCCAUUCCAAAACAAGAACCACCCAGCAGGGUUGAUACCAGUUGGAGAGUAUCUAAUGAGCCAACCUUACGAGCACCCUAUGCAGCAGAUAGAUUGGGUCAAACUGAUGCCGAAGAAAGCCGACGGUAACGGUUAUUGGGCAUAUGACGAACCCAAUGAGUCUGGCAGGUCGUACAUGUCUCUACAUCCGGGCUGUUUUGUACUGAACUCCGUUACCGUAGAUACGUGCGAGUCCAAUAAAGGCACGUGUUGGAUGCAGACUAAAGCUGUCCUAGAGGGCGGCACAUUCUUCAAUGAAUGGGACGGUGACUUCUAUUCAGGGAUACUUCGUGUUAUUUGAAACGUUGUUUAGUUGUAACAUUGUUUAGAAGGACAUAUUUCCGUUCGAAUAGUCUUUGUUGGUAGAUCCAUUAUUUUUUGUAAUAGUCAUGACGCUCGGCAUUGAAGGACGGUGGUCGUCGCGCCACGCAUGCGCGAGAUAUGGGUCUCAUAUAAGUACUAGCAAAAAAAUGAUGGCGACUUUGACUGUUGUGCACACCCAUGAUUAUAAAAUGAGCGGUUACCUAGUUUAAUUAGAAUUUUUUUUUGGUGAUUGGAUGGUAUCGAAGAGGUCGCCAGUGGUAAUUAGUGCAAAUGACCCAGCUCAAUACUCGUACCAGUGAUGUCAUUAAAAAAAGCGCACUGGAUUGUGGGAAAAUCAAUGUUUAUCAACACACAUGCGCGGCGCGACGACCACCACCCUUUAUAAGCUUAUGAUGAAAGAAAAAAGUAUAUUAAGGGAAAAAUGUCGUCGUCAAUAAAUUUACUAAUUCUAUUCCAAACUUUAUCAAACUUGGUCACCUAAUUCAUCAGUAUAAAAUCUUUCCUUAGUGCGGUGUGAAAAUGUCAUGCAAAAAUUGAGAAAGUAAUCGAGAAAAUCUGAUAACAAUCAUUACUGUUUCUACUUGACUGAUUACUGGUGAUACACAUUCAAAGGUCACUGGUCCCAGUGGAAAUAUACAUUGUUGUACGUGUUCAAUGAAGUAAAUCAUUUAUCUUGUAAUCAAUAUCAUUGGUAAUGUUUCUCCAAUAUCUGGGUUUCAAUGUCAACUCAUGGAGACAAUUGUUGAACAGUCUACUACAUUUGCAAACAUACCAAUAAAAACAUAAAUAUUACUUAUAAUAAAACUAUCUUAACAGAAAACACGAUGUCAGAUAAUCGAUAUAAGCACACCUUUGAUCAAGAUCUGAAGCCUAUAAAUCAAAAUUCGCAGCAAUUUGUCUCUGCUAUUAGAACACAAUCAUAAACUUUCAUAAUACUAUAUUAAAAACACACUUCAAAGACGAAGAUUGCAGUUAUUGAAGAUGUAGAUUCUCGGGAGGCAACAUUACUGUUGACUUCUAUCGGACACAUAGAGGGCGCUUUUUACUUUUCAUGUAAUAGUCAUCACACAAUGAAUAUAAUGAGCAGUUCAUAUUUGUCUCAGUAAGUCAUUAAUUUCUAAAAAAAGAUACCUGUACAAAAUACUUGGGCAAAAACCAGCUAAGAUUUUCUGUUAUCUUGCAUGUUUACGUUUACGUUCACGUCUAAAUGCAGCACUUUUUUCUGAGAUAAGGCAUUUGUUUUUUUACUAAAAUAUCUAAAUAAUAAAUAUAACAAAGGGCAAGGUCACCAUAGUUUAAUUAUGUUUUUUCAAAGCUGACCCUUGUAAAUUUUGUUUCUUCUGCAUUUAUGUAAUGGUCAACCUUAUCUAACGUGUUGGCUUUGUGCUUCGACAUGAUUUACGUUGGUCUCAUUCAAAUUACAAGCUUGCUGACAUCUAGACAGAUUGAAGAUCCACAUUGUUCAAACCACAUCAUGUAAAAUGCAUUUGAUCAACUCUUGCUGGAUCAUUAAAAAAACCUAGUGUGCCUUUGAAAUAUCUUUAUUUGUAUGUCAUGUUGUGCCUUACUGUUUUACAUGUAUUCUUUGGACUUGCCUACUUCUACACAGAUUGAAGAUCAGGUUGGUCAAAAUAUAUUUCGUCCAUGUUGCUUAUUCAUAAGUGAAAUGUAGUGUGCUUUCGAACUAUCAGUACAUCGUUUUGUAGUAUAACUAACAAUAAAGCCAAGCAUGUGCGAUUGAAGUGCGAUACUCUAAUAAGUUGUGUCGACCACGAACUUCAGAAUGCCAUGUUUCAAAUUAC